AUGGAGGAAGAAGUUGCCGCCCUCGUUAUCGACAAUGGUUCGGGUAUGUGCAAGGCCGGUUUCGCCGGUGAUGACGCCCCCAGAGCUGUUUUCCGUAAUAUCAUGAUCGGUAUGGGCCAGAAGGACUCGUACGUCGGUGAUGAGGCUCAGUCCAAGCGUGGUAUCCUUACCCUCAGGUACCCCAUCGAGCACGGUGUCGUUACCAACUGGGACGACAUGGAGAAGAUUUGGCAUCACACCUUCUACAACGAGCUCCGUGUUGCCCCCGAGGAGCACCCCGUCCUCCUUACCGAGGCUCCUAUCAACCCCAAGUCCAACCGUGAGAAGAUGACACAGAUCGUUUUCGAGACGUUCAACGCCCCCGCCUUCUACGUCUCUAUCCAGGCCGUCCUUUCUCUCUACGCCUCCGGUCGUACCACCGGUAUCGUCCUCGACUCCGGUGAUGGUGUCACUCACGUCGUCCCCAUCUACGAGGGUUUCGCCCUUCCCCACGCCAUUGCCCGUGUUGACAUGGCUGGCCGUGAUCUUACCGACUACCUCAUGAAGAUCCUCGCUGAGCGUGGCUACACCUUCUCCACCACCGCCGAGCGCGAAAUCGUUCGUGACAUCAAGGAGAAGCUCUGCUACGUCGCUCUCGACUUCGAGCAGGAGAUCCAGACCGCCGCCCAGAGCUCUUCCCUCGAGAAGUCCUACGAGCUUCCCGACGGUCAGGUCAUCACCAUCGGCAACGAGCGCUUCCGUGCUCCUGAGGCUCUCUUCCAGCCUUCCGUCCUUGGUCUCGAAUCUGGCGGUAUUCACGUUACCACUUUCAACUCCAUCAUGAAGUGCGAUGUCGACGUCAGGAAGGAUCUCUACGGCAACAUUGUCAUGUCUGGUGGUACCACCAUGUACCCUGGUCUCUCCGACCGUAUGCAGAAGGAGAUCACUGCUCUUGCUCCUUCUUCCAUGAAGGUCAAGAUCAUUGCUCCUCCCGAGCGCAAGUACUCCGUCUGGAUCGGUGGUUCCAUUCUCGCCUCGCUCUCGACCUUCCAGCAGAUGUGGAUCUCCAAGCAGGAGUACGACGAGAGCGGUCCCUCGAUCGUGCACCGCAAGUGCUUCUAA